UUGACAUUCUCUUAGUAGACAUUAAAGCUCUUCACCUUCCUUAAACUAUACCCUUAGUAUUAAUCCUGUCUUCUCUUCAUCUAUACACACUAUAAAUCCCCCACUUUUCCCUUCUUCUCUCUCAAUUUACAUUUAACAUGUACAAGAGAGAAAAAGAGUCAUCUUUAAGAGAAAAUAAUAUUCUUCCUCAGAGGAGAAGAACUCCUUCUUUCUCUUCUUCUCUUCUUGAUGCUAUUUAUCGUUCCAUUGAUGACACAAAUAACGUUAUUGGCGUUGGCGGUGGUGAAGAUUCGAGUUUUCAUAGAGAGAAGAAAACCAUGUUGAAAAAACAGAGGAAUUUUACCACCGCCACGCACGGUGGUUCUCUUGAAGAAUACUCUAAUUUUCGAGGGGCGAGUGUGAUUGAGAAUUGGAUGGAGAAGCAAAGCAGUCUGGGGUGCUCUAUGCAUUUCCCUAAUUCUGCUUCCAGCUCCUCCGAUUCUAGUUCUUCCGGAGGUUUGUUUUCUUCCUCUGAAACAGGGUCUUCAAGUUAUAAAGAGAAAUCGACAAGAUCGAAAGCUGUUAGAUACUCCAUGAAAUGUAUACAAUUUGAGCAGAUGAACGAAGAAAGCCGCCAUUGUCGACAAACGCCAAAGCGUGAAGGUGGUGGAUUCAAAAAGACCAAGCUCAAAGCCAUGAAAAUGUACGAUGAGUUAAAGAAAGUAAAGCAGCCCAUCUCUCCUGGUGGCCGCAUCACUAGUUUCUUCAACUCUAUUUUCAGUUCAGGAAAUGCAAAGAAAGUGAAUUUGUGCGCUGUUAAGGCCAUGGAAGACGUGAAUUUUGAUCGAAAAUCAGAGUCCACAUGUUCAUCGGCUUCAAGAUCUUGUCUGAGCAAAACCCCAUCUUCCACCAAAGGCAAGUACAGUUCCAGCAAUGGCGGCAUGAAAAGGUCAGUUAGAUUUUAUCCGGUCAGUGUCAUUGUCGACGAAGACUGCAGACCUUGCGGGCAUAAAUGUAUUUAUGAAGAUGACCCAAGUUUAACUCCAUUACCUACUGCUCAUCAACAAAUCCUCAAAAGUUGUUCGUUCAAGGAGGACCCAAAGAAGAAUGAGUUCGUUGGUGAUGAUGAUGAAGAAGAAGAAGACGACGAUGCUUUGAGUUAUUCAAGUUCUGAUCUGUUUGAGCUCGAUCAUCUUAUUGGAAUCGGACGGUACAGAGAGGAGUUACCAGUUUAUGAAACUACUAAUCUGAAAACCAAUCAAGCCAUUGCUAAAGGGUUGAUUUUGUAGCUUAUCAAUGUAAUCAAUCAAUGACCGUUUGGGAAGAAAAAUAAGUUGAAAAUUUUA